GUAGCCAAUAGGAAUAGCUGAUCCCGAAAGGCAAGGAAUGAGGAGGAGGGGCUGGCGAAACUUAGAGGCGUGACUAGCACUACCGAGGCGUGGUCACAGAGUAAGCUCCUCCCCGGGUUGCCGAUCCCGAAAGUAGAAUUGAUGGGCGGGAUUAAGAUAGAACCAACAGCCAAACACAUACUUCUGAGAGAAGGCAUGACCAAUUGGACCGGGGUAGAGAAGUGGGGCGUUGCGGAGAAUUUUAGCCAAUACAGAGUAGAGACCGGCGGUGGCUGUAGAACGUCUUCCAAUGAGAAGAGCGAAGGGCGAGCCUUGCCUCUUUCACUAGGGCGGGAGCAGGGUUCGCCCAUACCUCCCGGAGCCGACCAAUGAGAUCGGGGGCGGGGCCAAGGGUGGCCAACCAGCAGGCCGAGUCUAUGUAGGUACCGUUACUGGGGCGGGGCGUAGGCCGACUGGCCACUAAGAUCUCUUCAGGGCAGGCUCCAGAGCCUUCCAAUGCGGGACGUGGGCGAACUCUAGUUCUCCCAAUCGGUGCACGGCGCUGGCAAUUCAAACUGACAGCCAGUUGGAAAGGCAGAGAGCGGAAGAGGGAGCAAAAGACGUGUUCGGUGGCAGAGACCCCAACGCCGACUGAGCCCCCAAAGCGUCCUCUGCCCCUCCCCACCAACAACACCGCGCGCUCUGGAGCGGCCGCUCAGGAAGGACUUGAGGGGACCGUGGGGGGCACGAGGGGAAGCUAAGGGAGGGAGACGCGAGAGGAGCGACGCGAGAGCCCGCAAGCUGAGGUCUGGGAACUGCCAGGAGACAAGUGAAGCCGGGGGCCCGCGGACGAGCAGAGCGGAGGAGGGUCGUGGGAGGACUAAGUAGCACCCGGGAUCGCCUGGUGGGAAAAGCUGAGGGGAUUUCUGAAUCCUGGGAGAGGAGAAAGAUUUCCAGAGCGUAGGCGUGGGUAGGGAUGUUUAUCCCGCCAUCCGAGAGAGAGGAAUUGGAGCGCUCCAAGGGAGGGGCUUAAGGCGAAGCUUUAGAUAAAAGAGCCUGUACGGGAGAAGCUAGGGGAAUUGCAGGAGGGCAAGAGCUAGAGAGUAGAGGAUCCUUCAGACUGGAGAAAGGGAAACCUGUAGAGAAGCUCCCGAGGCACCUUGCUGGCUGCCUUCUCCCCACUUCAAACUCCCCUCCCUUCCGCGAAAGUUAAAGGGAAAGCCAAGGUUGCUGCUUCUGUCCUGUUCCUACUCAAUAAAUAUUGCUUUUACCACCCCACGGGAAAACAGAAAAGAACUCAUUUCCUUCUCAUUUUUCGGGCUUUGAAAAGCUCGAGGCCUCGCAAUUUGCUCUUUAGCCUGGGGGAAUCAAACUAGGGAGGGUAUUGCUCUAUUUUCAAAAUCCCACACCUCAUCCUUCCCCGGACGCCAUGUCUACCAGCAGCUGUAGUUUCAAGGACCGGCGCGUGUCCAUCCUGUGUUGCAAAUUCUGUAAACAAGUGCUCAGCUCUAGGGGAAUGAAGGCUGUUUUGCUGGCUGACACUGAAAUAGACCUUUUCUCUACAGACAUUCCUCCUACCAAUGCAGUGGACUUCAUUGGAAGAUGCUAUUUCACUGAAAUCUGCAAGUGUAAACUGAAGGACAUCGCAUGUUUAAAAUGUGGGAACAUUGUAGGUUAUCAUGUGAUUGUUCCAUGUUGUUCCUGCCUUCUUUCCUGCAACAACGGACACUUCUGGAUGUUUCACAGCCAGGCAGUUUAUGGUGUUAACAGAUUAGACUCUACUGGUGUAAACUUCCUACUUUGGGGCAACUUGCCAGAGGUAGAGGAGAGUACAGAUGAAGACAUGCUAGAUAUCUCAGCAGAGGAGUGUAUUAGAUGAAUAGAAUUAUGAUAUAUAUUAUAUUUAAACUUUUUCCUAUGUGAAAAAUAUAUUAAUGGACCAAUUUAGAAAUUGUUAGUAAGGAUUUGCCAGUGAUUUCUUUUUUCGGAAAGAAAAAUGGAGCAUUUGUUGAUUUAUUUAUUUACUGUCUCAAAUUAAUUACCUAAGCUUAUUGAACCAAUGUAGUUCUUUUCUUCUACUUCUGCUUCUACUUCUACCCUUCCUCUCUCCAUCCCUCUCCCCAGUAUAGGGUGUAUUCUUAAAUUCAGAUCAUAGAAGAAUCUUUCAUGUGUCACUCAGCUUUCUCCCAGUCUGGGGAAGUUUUUCUUACAACCAGAUGCCAGAUGCUAUUAAUUUUGCAUUCCUGAAUAAGGGGUAUUAGUAUCCACACCUAUAUCACCAUGCUUAUAUCCAUGCACAUAAGCAUGUAUGUAUGUGUGAAGCACAGCUGGGAAUUAAAGCUUAACAGGAAAUUUUUAAAAAUAGGGUGUUAUGUUUCCAUGGGUACUGGUUAUCAUAUGUUAUAUUGAUAAUAACUGUGUUAAUAUGGAGCAAGACUGUGAAUCAGCAAAUAGAAUAAAUUAAAACUUUAAAAUGUAUGGAGAAAUCCUCUUGAUUCCUCAGCAUGAUGUUACAUAAAUGAAUUUGUCAGAAAAGUAUCAAUAUAUAUACUGUUUACUAAUAUUAUUGUUUACAAUAUUAUUUAUUUACAUUCUUCUAAAGUCAUAUGGAUAUUGUAUUAUGAAAGCCAGGUUACCUCCGUCUUUAAGUUAUCCCAUUCUCUAGGGAUUUCUCUGUAAAUAGCAAAUUAUAGAUGAAUAGUCUCGGUCCCAACCCUUAAAUAGAAAAAAAUUAAUGCUUAAGCCAUUGUACAUUAUGAAGAGUUUUUUAAAUUUUGUUUUGUUUUGUUUAGCCACACUCAGAGCCACACAGGAAUAGGAAGCUGGGAUAGUGUUGGGUUCUUGUUUUAUGAACAGCUAAAAUCAAUGUAUCACCUUAACUAAUAUUACAGUCAAAGGCAUUUUGUCAACAGUGAUACCAAAACAGACCAAGUUACGGUUUUGUAAAUAAAGUUUGGUUCUAAAAAUG